GUGUCAGAGAUGGGUGGAGAACUGUCGAAGGGCAGAUCUAGAAGACAAAACUCCAGAUCAGCUGAACAAGCACUACAGAUUGUGUGCCAAACAUUUUGAGACUUCCAUGAUAUGCAGAAGUAGCCCAUACAGAACGGUUUUAAGGGAUAAUGCUGUGCCAACUAUAUUUGAUCUUACAAGUCACCUGAGCAAUCCCCACAGCAGACAUAGGAAAAGGAUAAAAGAGCUGAGUGAAGAUGAAAUAAGAACACUGAAGCAACAAAAGAUUGAUGAAUCUUUUAAACAAGAACAGAAAUCUCAAGAACUCAAUAAAAGCAAUCAGCAAAAUGCUGUGCCAGCAGGAGGAGGAGAGGAACGAGAGGAAGAAACUGCCCCUUUAAGCCUGGAAGAAAGAGAAAACAAAGAUUACCUUAAAUCAUUGUUUGAAAUUUUGAUCCUAAUGGGCAAGCAGAAUAUUCCUUUGGAUGGCCAUAGUGUUGAUGAGCUUCCAGAAGGUAUUUUUGCUUCAGAUAACUUUCAGGCUCUGCUGGAAUAUAGAAUAAAUGGUGGUGAUGAAGUUCUGAGGAAAAGAUUUGAGAUGACUGCAGUCAACCUGGAGUAUUGCUCCAAAACUCAGCAGAAACAGAUGCUGGAGAUCUGUGAGAACUGUGUCAGAGAGGAGACCCUAAGGGAAGUGAGAGACUCACACUUCUUUUCUAUUGUCACUGAUGAAGUAGUAGACAUAGCAGGAGAGGAACAUCUGCCAGUGCUGGUUAGGUUUGUUGAUGAUUCCCACAAUCUAAGGGAAGAAUUCAUUGGGUUUUUACCUUAUGAGCCUGAUCCUGAAGUUUUAGCCGUUAAGUUCCAUGCAACUAUUACCGAAAAGUGGGGCCUAAACAUGGAGUACUGUCGGGGUCAAGCCUACGUUGUCUCCAGUGGCUUUGCUUCUAAAAUGAAACUUGUGGCCACAAGACUCUUGGAAAAGUAUCCCCAGGCUGUGUAUACUCUGUGUUCCUCCUGUGCCUUAAAUGUUUGGCUGGCAAAAUCUGUUCCUGUCGUUGGUGUUUCUGUUGCAUUAGGAACAAUGGAAGAAGUUUGCUGUCUGUUUCAUCAGUCUCCACACUUAAUGGCAGAACUGGAGAACACAAUCUCAGCUCUUUUUCAGGGCAAUGAGGAGAAGGGCAAUGAGCUGAAGGAGAUCUGUCAUACCCAGUGGACAGGAAGGCAUGACACAUUUGAGGUUUUAGUGGACCUCAUCCAAGCAUUGGUGCUGUGCUUGGAUGCUGUGAGCAGUGACUCAUCUGUGAGGUGGAACAACUUCACUGCAGGUCGUGCAUUUGUCCUUUCCAGUGCGUUAACAGACUUUGAUUUCAUUGUCACCAUUGUCAUUAUGAAAAAUGUUCUGUCUUUCACAAGAGCCUUUGGCAAAAACCUCCAAGGACAAACCUCAGAUGUGUUCUUUGCUGCCAGCAGCUUAACAGCAGUGUUGCACUCUCUGAAUGAAGUGAUGGAGAAUAUUGAAGUUUACCAUGAAUUUUGGUUUGAGGAAGCAACAAAUUUGGCUGCAAAACUGGAUGUACGAAUGAAACUCCCUGGAAAACUCCUCAGGGCACGACAAGGAAACUUGGACGCUGAUCUGACAUCGGAAAACUACUACAAAGAGAUCCUGAGUGUGCCCACAGUGGAGCAUAUUAUUCAGGAACUAAAAGAUAUCUUCUCAGAACAACAUUUAAAAGCUCUUAAGUGUUUAUCCUUAGUGCCCUCAGUGAUGGGGCAGCUCAAAUUCAACACCUCUGAGGAGCAUCAUGCUGACAUGUACAAAAAUGACUUGCCUAAUCCUGACACACUUUCUGCUGAGCUUCACUGCUGGAGAAUCAAGUGGAAGCACAGAGGGAAAGAUAUUGAACUUCCAGCUACUGUUUAUGAGGCACUUCACUUGCCUGACAUCAAGUUUUUCCCUAAUGUUUAUGCAUUGCUCAAAGUCUUGAGCAUUCUUCCAGUGAUGAAGGUGGAAAAUGAAAAGUAUGGAAUAGGACGAAAACGCUUGAAGGCUUACCUGAAGAACACCUUAAGAGAGCAAAGGUCAAGCAAUCUUGCUCUGCUGAACAUAAACUUUGACAUAAAACAUGACUUAGAUCUCAUGGUGGACACCUAUAUUAAACUCUAUCCAGAGAAAGUGGAAUGCCAAGACUGUGUCUCCCCAAACAAGACUGAAGUAACAGAAAAUGCUUAAUUUUUAAGCUCUAACCAAUCUGUUGAAACACAUUUUCUU